AUGGCUGAAGGAAACAAGAAAAAGGAAAAUCUUCGUACCUACGAGGACUUCAACUACAUGUCCCAUAUGCUUUUCAAAUCUUUGGGCUUCGAUAUUUUGGAUACAACAGCUCCAAAGUGGCCUUAUAUUAUCCUGCAAGGAUACUUCAUCCUGUGCAUUGUCAGCAAUUUUUAUGCCGCCUUCUAUGUGACCCUAAGAUUCCUGCAGUGGGAACACAGUGAGUCGAAGCUGAUGAGACAUGCUCUACAUUUCUUUUACAUGUUUAGUGCCGAGGUCAAGUUUGCUGCGUUUGUGAAAUACCGAAAGAGGUUGCGGUCUCUAAAUGAUCAAUUAAAGGAUCUGUAUCCUGUUGAUGCUAAGCAGCAAGAGGAUUACGAGGUCAACAGGUAUUAUCUAUCUCGAACAACGCGAUUUGUACUUUCCUUCUACUACUUAGUGAUGGCCCUGAUGAUGGUAACUCCGCUUCUGCAAUCCUGCAUCGCUCACUUUGUGGUAAAAAAGGACUUUCCCUAUUUGAGGAUAUUUCCCACUCAACUAAGCUUCAGAUCCGAUACGCCUUGGGGCUAUGUUUUUGCCUAUUUCGUGGACUUUACCUACAGCCAUUUCAUAGUUAACUUCACUCUGGGCACUGACCUCUGGAUGAUAUGUGCCUCCAGUCAGAUAUGUAUGCACUUUGGCCACCUAGCCAAGGUUUUAGCAGCUUAUACCCCGCAAAGGGAGAGGGAAGAAGAGGAUUGCGCUUUUCUUUCACGAUUUGUGAAGCGUCAUCAGCAUAUUUUGAAUUUGCAUGAUGAAGUAGAUCAGAUUUUUGGUCUCCUAUUGGCCUCCAAUCUGUUCACAACCGCCAGCUUGCUCUGCUGCAUUGCCUUCUACACGGUCGUCGAGGGUUUCAAUAUGGAGGGAAUGUCCUACAUGACGGUCUUCUUCAGUGUGGUUGGCCUCUUCUAUAUGGUCAGCUCCCAUGGCCAAAAUCUGAUUGAUUUUAGCACCAGCAUCGCUGUGGCUGGCUAUAAUCAGAGAUGGUAUGAGGGUUCCGUGCGUUAUAGAAAAUUAAUUAUGCUUAUAAUGGCCAAGGCGCAACGUCCUUCGGAAAUAUCAGCCUCUCGUGUAGUCAUUAUAUCCUUUGACACCUUCAAGACUUUAAUGACCAUUACCUAUAGAUUUUUUGCUGUUUUAAGGCAAAGUAUGGGAAAGAAUUAA